GCAAGAACUUCUGAAGUGGAAUGGAUGGGGAUAUAACGACUCCAAAUUCAUCUUCAAUAAGAAGGGUCAAGCAGAAUUCACAGGAAAAAGGUACAGAUUAGGUGGUAUGGUAUUACCAACUUUUAAGGAAUGGAUAGAAAAAACCUUUGGAGCAAGUCUGGAGCACAAAACUACCUCUAGAGCAUCCUUAAAUGUUAAUGAUGUACCUCCAUCCAUUGUAAAUGAAGAAUUUCUUCAGGAUCUUAGAGCCACUAAUAUUUCAUAUUCGCAGGAUGCAGAAGAUAGGGUAUUCAGAGCUCAUGGUCACUGCCUACAUGAGAUAUUUGUACUCAGGGAAGGAAUGUUUAAGCGAAUUCCUGAUAUAGUUGUAUGGCCUGUUUGCCAUGAAGACGUAGUUAAAAUUGUGGAAUUAGCCUGCAAACACAAUCUCUGCUUAAUACCAUUUGGUGGAGGGACGAGUGUUUCUAGUGCCCUUGAGUGUCCUGAAGAAGAAAAAAGAACAAUUGUCUCACUGGAUACAUCACAAAUGAAUCGGAUUCUCUGGAUAGAUGAGAAAAACUUAACAGCUUGUGUGGAAGCUGGAAUUGUUGGACAAGAUCUGGAAAACCAGCUUGCUGAAAGUGGCUUCUGUACAGGCCAUGAACCAGACUCCAUGGAGUUCAGUUCACUAGGAGGAUGGGUAGCAACACGAGCAUCAGGCAUGAAAAAAAACAUCUAUGGAAACAUUGAAGAUCUGGUGAUUCACAUUAAAAUGGUAACUCCUAGAGGAAUAGUAGAAAAAAACUGUCAAGUACCUCGCAUGUCAACAGGACCUGAUAUCCAUCACUUCAUUAUGGGAUCUGAAGGAACUCUUGGAGUGGUUACUGAAGUUACGAUAAAGAUUCGCCCAGUCCCUGAAUACCAGAAGUAUGGCUCUGUGGUCUUUCCCAACUUUGAACGAGGGGUGGCCUGCUUAAGGGAAGUGGCAAAGCAGAGAUGUGCUCCUGCAUCAAUUCGCCUUGUCGACAACGCACAGUUUCAGUUUGGUCAUGCUCUUAAACCACAAGUUGCUUCCAUUUUUACCUCAUUUUUGGAUGGACUGAAAAAAUUCUACAUCACAAAGUUUAAAGGAUUUGAUCCCAACGUACUGUGUGUAGCUACCUUGCUUUUUGAGGGUGACAGAGAGAAGGUUCUUCAGCAUGAGAAGCAAGUCUAUGAUAUUGCCACCAAGUUUGGUGGCUUGGCAGCAGGAGAAGAUAAUGGACAGAGAGGAUAUAUGCUGACAUUUGUCAUUGCUUACCUUCGGGAUCUGGGCUUGGAUUACUAUGUAAUAGGAGAAUCAUUUGAGACAUCUGUUCCUUGGGAUAGGGUUUUGGACCUUUGUAGGAAUGUAAAGGAAAGGAUAGUAAGAGAAUGCAAAGAAAAGGGUGUUCAGUUUGCUCCUUUUUCCACCUGCAGGGUGACACAGACUUAUGAUGCAGGUGCAUGUGUCUACUUCUACUUUGCCUUUAACUACAGAGGAAUUAGUGAUCCUAUUCAUGUCUAUGAACAAAUUGAGAGGGCUGCUAGAGAAGAAAUACUUGCCAAUGGAGGAAGUUUGUCACAUCACCAUGGAGUAGGCAAAUUGCGGAAGCGCUGGAUGAAGGAGAGCAUCUCUGAUGUUGGCCUGGGAAUGCUGAGAUCUGUUAAAGAAUAUGUGGACCCUAAUAACAUCUUUGGAAACAAAAAUCUUCUAUAAAGCCCUGCACAACAUGAUGUACUAAAACUUCAAAAUUACUGUUGAAAUUCUUCCACUUGCAUUGUAUUGAUAUCCCAGUAAUCAAAUAUAACAGACUAGACUUUAAAAACUAGUAACUUACAUUGAUUUUUGCCACCCCCUCCCUCCAAUAAAGUGUAACCAUCACUGCUAAUGUUUAUGGAUUUUUACUUAAAAUGCUCUUAAACAACCCACUGGGCACAAAGUGUAUUACCAACCAGGAAAUGUAAAUUUGUUUUUCCAGGUCUGGUUUAGGUAACACAACUGACAGUAUUUUCAGUGCUGGAUACUGCCAGAUGUUUCUGACUAAAGCAUCCCCUGCAAGGACAACAAAGACAACAGUCUUUUCUACAGUAGCAGCUGCUCAACCCAGGUAAAGGAAAGCUGCUAGGAGACAGGUGAGAGAACAUCAAGGAGUACUUCACUGUGCUGAAGCAUUAAGUAUGUAACAAACUUAUAACCAGCAAAUACUUAAAGUGCAAAUGUAGGCUUUAAUCAAAAUAGACAAUGUAAGUCAAACUACUUGUAAAAACUCUGUAUUCUCCCACU